AUGAUUGCUCCAGUUCUGGCACUCACUGCUACAGCUACAAAAAAGAUUCGACAAACAGUGGUUGAAACUUUGUCAUUCAGACUAGGAUACACUUUAAUACAAGAAACACCUAACAGAGAAAAUAUAUAUUUGUCCAAGGCUACCAUCAGCAAAAACUUCCAAGAGGCUUUCCAACCUCUGAUUGACCAACUUAGGAAGGAGAAAGAAAACAUGGACAAAACCAUUGUGUACUGUAGGUCAAUAAAGCAUUGUGCAUCUCUUUAUGCAUUGUUCAAAUUCGAACUUGGUUCUGAAUCAUAUCGUAAUGGCAUGGAACACACAUCAAAGAAUUGUUUGUUUGCAAUGUUUCACCAUUGCACAAGUGAAACAAUAAAACAACAUGUUUUGGAUUCACUGUAUUCACCAUCAGGAAUUUGUAGAGUAGUUUUUGCUACCAAUGCAUUGGGAAUGGGUGUCAACUUUAAAGACAUUCGUUUGAUCAUACAUUUAGGGCCCCCCAGAGAGAUUGAUGACUACAUUCAAGAAAUUGGAAGGGCUGGCCGAGAUGGAUUACCUGCCAAAGCAGUGUUGUAUCAUAAUGGUAUCUUGCUCAAACGAGCAAGUGAUAAAGUGCGAGAAUACUGUUUUGAUUGCUCAAGUGAGUGUUUGAGAAAAAUCCUCUUAAGUGAUUUUGAUGCAAACCCAUCCCAACCAAGCAUCAAGCAUUUGUGUUGCCAAACUUGUCAUGAACAUUGUCGUUGUGUUGGAACUAGCUGUGCUUUUGAAAUAGUGAACAACAAAGUAGUUCACCCAUGUCAUGAUACUGGUAGUUAUGUGACUCUAAGGGAAAGAACUGUGUCGAAGAAAGAUAAACAAUUACUUUCAGAGAUCCUUUUUGAUUAUCAAUCCCAGCUUGUGGGCACAUCUAACUAUUAUCUGAGUGCUCAUUAUUCCACUGGUUUUUCGGACAAAUUGAUUGAACUUGUUGUUCAGCAAGCAAAGUAUAUCUUCAGUGUUGAUUAUUUGAUGUCAAAUUUACCUGUAUUCAGUCGUAAACAUGCUGUACAAAUACUCCAGAUUUUCAAUGAAGUCUUUGAGGACAUUGGUGAGAGUGACAUUGAAAACAUUAAAAAAAAUGAAGAUGUUGACAGUGGAUCAAAUAUACAUUUGGAAAGUGAGUUUCCUUCAUAUUUCUUUUUUGAACAACAUGAAGAUUCUAGUUCUACAGAUGAUUGA